AUGGGGCGCGGAGAGGAGAGUGUGGAAUCCAUACUUCGUCCCGCCAGAGCAGCUCCAACUUGUCUUGUUGUCCCCAUGAGGACAAAGCGGAGGUUCUCUGUCCCCAACUGGAACGCAGAAGAGUCCAUUAAAGGAAGGGAGAAGAGACUCCGAGCUUCGAUGAUGGUAUCUCCUGAGGAGCACAUGGAACGGACCUUCUAUUUGGCCUGCACGGCUGAUAUUUUUGACCCGUACGUCCCUCCCGAAGGCGAUGCCCGCUUGACCUCUCUAUCUAAAGAUGGGCUGAAGCAAAAGAUGGAGAAGCUCAGGCAAACUGCUGCCUCGCGGCUGGCCCUGCGGAAGGUAAAAAACCAUGAUCCAAAUUUCAGCACUAAAACCUUUCCAGAGAAGGCACAGGAGAUAUUCACUGAAGCUCACAAUUCCCUGGCAAAUUUUAACAAGCAGAAACUUCACUCCUUGGUGACAGAGCGCUGCUACUCGGAGAUGGUCCGUGGAAACAGGUAUAAGACCAUCCGGUGGAGCUUUAUAGAGUCGCUGGAACCUCCCAGGGUGGUUCAUGUCCGAUGUCACAGCAUGGUGAACGAGGACAACCUGUACGGGCAGGUGACGGUGCGCAUGCACACGCGACAGACUCUGGCCAUCUACGACCGCUUUGGGCGGCUGAUGUACGGUGGGGAGCAGGUGCCCAAGGACGUUUUGGAGUAUGUUGUGUUCGAGAGGCACUUGGUCAACGUGUACGGCACGUGGAGGAUGCACGGCAAGAUCGUUCCGGCGUGGGCGCCACCAAAGGACCCUAUUAUCAAGACGGUGAUGAUUCCUGGCCCAGUUUUGAAACCCUCACAAGAGUAUGAAGAAAUCAAACGGGAAACUCCAGAGCCUGUGCAGAUGCAAUGAUACAAACAACCCUGGAGGGAAGAAGUGGAGUAUGUUGGGGGUUGCAUGUUGGACAUAGCUGUGCUUUUCCAGUGGGCAAAUCAACAAGCAGAGUGUCUUCGGGAAUGGACUUUAGCCGCUUAGGAGUUGCCUUCACAGCAGCAAGAGGGGCUUGGGAGGGGAAUUC